ACUCGCAGUUGUUUGUGCGCCCAGCUCGACGUCGGUUGUGAUUAGCGGCUGGGCGUUAAUGAUGGGGAUUUCAAAUUGUUUAAAUAGCGUCAUUCCAUGGAGUCCAAUAUGCCUGUUGAUGCUACUGCUGCUCAGCUGCAACUUUUCGGAGCGACUGAUAGCUGCUCAAGAUGCAGAGAUAGUCAGCUCUUGUUCUCUGUACAAGAAGAGCGUCUUUGACCAGCAGGAUGGCUACAGUUUUCUGUUCCCAAAUGCGCCGAUCUCCUAUAAGACCUUGGACACGUGCCACAGCUACACGCCGCUGAUAGUCGACGGAACACCUGCCGAUCCCAAGGAAUUUCCUCAUAUGGCGCGCUUGGGCAAUCGCGAUGACAACAAUGUUACCAAUUGGUUCUGUGGCGGCACCUUGAUAAGCAAUCGGUUGGUGCUCACUGCAGCCCAUUGUCUCUAUUCGGAAAGCGGCGCUAUCAAUGUGGUGCGCCUGGGUGAGCUGGACUUUGAUAGCGAGCAGGAUGAUGCGCAGCCCGAGGACUUUGGCGUGCGGAACACCACAGAGCAUCCCGACUUCAAGUACCCAGUGCUGUACAAUGACAUAGCGCUGGUCGAACUGGAUCGUGGUGUGCGUUUCAGUGUUUACAAGCAUCCCGCUUGCCUGCCCUUCAAUGAUGGCGAUCGCUAUGAGAGCUUCAUUGCCGCCGGCUGGGGUCAGACCACAUUUGCCGGUGAGCCCUCGAGCAAGCUGAGAAAAGUGAAGCUCAAUGGCUUCCGCAACAACUGCCUGGCGGCCGACGAUGUCGAGGAGCUGCCCAGCGGCUACAAUGCGACGACACAAUUAUGCGUUGGUUCCGCUCGCUCCAAGGACACGUGCAACGGUGACUCGGGCGGUCCGCUGUUGGUCUAUCAUGAGGAAUAUCCGUGCAUGUACCAUGUCAUGGGCAUCACCUCGUUGGGCAUUGGCUGCGGCACACCCAAUGUGCCGAGUCUGUAUACGCGGGUGCAUAGUUACUUGGAUUGGAUCAAGCAGGAGAUGGCGAAUAUUUCAUGAGAGAGCCGGGAUUUCUGAGAACCUUAUUAAUUAAUAAUUUGAAUAAUUAAUGU